AUGCCGAUCCAGAAGGUACACGCCCGUCAGAUCUUCGACUCCCGCGGCAACCCAACCGUAGAGGUGGAAAUCACCACCGAAGCCGGUGUCUUCCGCGCUGCGGUGCCCAGCGGCGCCUCCACCGGCGAGAACGAGGCAUGCGAGUUGCGCGACGGUGGCAAGGACUACAUGGGCAAAGGUGUUUCAAAGGCGGUCGACAACGUGAAAUCCAAGAUCGCGCCCGCCCUCAUUGGCAAGGACCCGACAGACCAGCAGGGCAUCGACAAGAUCAUGAUUGACUUGGAUGCCACCGAGAACAAGACAAACCUGGGAGCCAACGCCAUUCUAGGCGUGUCCAUGGCCUGCUGCCGGGCUGGCGCUGCGCAGAAAGGUCUUCCUCUCUUCAAGCACAUCAACGAGAUCGCGGGCAAGCCCCUCAUGUCCAUGCCCGUGCCCUGCUUCAACGUCAUCAAUGGCGGUGUCCACGCCGGCAACUUCUUGGCUUUCCAGGAGUUCUUCCUCAUCCCCGUGGGUGCCAAGACCUUCGCGGAG